AUGGCUUGGUUUAUACAAGAUAACAUUUGGGAAACUGUACAAAAGAAAACAAGUAGAAUUAGUGAAAUUGAUGCUGUUGGUGUAAUUCCAUUAUUAAAAUCAAGGCAUUCAAGCUCAAUAAAAACAGUUCUUUGCGUACAAUUUCGUCCCACUAUAGGAAGAAAAUGUAUAGAACUUCCUGGUGGAUUUAUUGAUAAAGGUGAAACACCUGAACAAGCAGCAUUACGAGAAUUAUACGAGGAGACAGGAUAUAAAGGUAAAGUUAUAACUAAAGUUUCACCUGCUAUGUUUAGUGAUGUAGGAAUAACUGAUGGUUGCGUGAAAUUGGUUUUGGUCGAGGUUGAUUUAGAUGAUGAAAUUAAUAAAAAUCCAAUUCCAAAACUUGAAGAAGAAGAAUUUAUUGAUAUUAUAAUAGUUGAUUUAAAAGAUCUCCUUUCAACUUUACAAGAAUAUGAUAAACAAGGAUAUGGAAUAGAUUCAAGAAUAGGCUCAUUUUCUUUAGACCAAAUUGCUGAAUUCAAAGAAGCAUUUUCUCUUUUCGAUAAAGAUAAUGAUGGUUCCAUUACCACUAAAGAAUUGGGUACGGUGAUGAGAUCUCUUGGACAAAAUCCAACUGAAUCCGAACUACAAGAUAUGAUUAAUGAAGUUGAUGCUGAUGGAAAUGGAACAAUUGACUUUCCAGAGUUCUUAACCAUGAUGGCAAGAAAAAUGAAAGAUACCGAUUCUGAAGAAGAAAUAAAAGAAGCAUUCAAAGUAUUUGAUAAAGAUGGUAAUGGUUAUAUUUCUGCUGCUGAAUUAAGACAUGUCAUGACUAAUCUUGGUGAGAAACUUUCUGAAGAAGAAGUUGAUGAAAUGAUUCGUGAAGCCGAUGUUGAUGGUGAUGGCCAAAUUAAUUAUGAAGAGUUCGUUAAAAUGAUGAUGACCAAAUAA